AUGACCUGCAGUGAGCUCCUAAUGGCCGGCAUGCUGAUCUGCAGUGAGCUCCUAUUGGCCGGCCUGCUGAUCUGCAGUGAGCUCCUAUUGGCUGGCCUGCUGAUCUGGAGUGAGCUCCUAUUGGCCGGCCUGCUGAUGAUAAGGACCCUCAUCCCCACGACAGCAGGAGGCUGUGAGGACCCUCCUCCCCACGGUGCUCCUCUAGACAGCAGGAGGCUACAGCAGGAGGCUGUGAGGACCCUCCUCCCCACGGUGAGGACCCUCCUCCCCACGGUGAGGACCCUCCCCACGGUGAGGACCCUCCCCACGGGUCCUCAGGACGCCGCGGCCCGCCCGGACCCCUCCAGGGCCCAGGCCUACCCCCCCGCCCAGUACGCCCCCCCCCUGCCAGAGCGCCCAUCCCCCUCCCCGAGUACGCCGCCUCUCACCCCCACCCGCAGCAGCCCCACCCACAGCACCCCCCACCCGCAGCACCCCCACCCGCAGCACCCCACCCGCAGCACCCCCACCCGCAGCACCCCCACCCGGGGGCGGCGCAGCACGCGGGGGGGCCGUCGCCCGGGAGGGGAGCUCAGCAUCUCGCCAAAGAGGCUCCACGUCUCCAACAUCCCCUUCAGGUUCAGGGACCCCGAUCUCAGGCAGAUGUUUGGCCAAUUUGGCAAAAUCUUAGAUGUGGAAAUCAUCUUUAACGAGCGCGGCCCUCAGGGCUUCGGCUUUGUGACCUUUGAACUCAUCGCCGAUGCAGACCGCGCCCGAGAGAAGCUGCACGCCACCGUGGUCGAGGGACGCAAAAUAGAGGUGAACAAUGCGACGGCGCGGGUCAUGACCAACAAGAAGACGGUCAGCCCCUAUGCAAACGGCUGGAAGCUGAACCCAGUGGUCUACAGUCCAGAGUUCUAUGCAGUCCCAGGCUUCCCCUACCCAGCAGCCACUGCGGCUGCGGCGGCGUUCAGAGGAGCCAACCUUCGGGGCCGGGGCCGGACCGUCUACAACGCCUUCAGGGCCGCCGCCCCCCCCCCCUCACAUCCCCGCCUACGGAGGGUGAGGACCCCCAUACCCCCCCCCCCCCACAUACCCGCCUACGGAGGUGUUGUUUACCAGGAUGGAUUUUAUGGGACAGAUCUUUAUGGCGGGUACACGGCCUACAGAUACGCCCAGCCUACUGCUGCCACAGCUGCUGCUUACAGUGACAGCUACGGACGACUGUACGCUGCCGACCCGUACAGCCACGCGCUCGCACCCACAGCCUCCUACAUGGGGGCCGCCAUGAAUGCUUUCGUCCCGCUGAGUGAUGCCAAGGGGCGGAGCCAAGGAGCGGGGGAGGAGCUGGGGCUGGUCCUCUCCUCUCUACAGGCCAGCCUCUACCGCGGCGGCUACGGCCGCUUCGCCCCCUACUAGCCGCGCAGGCCCCCGCCCU